AUGAGUGACAAACUCGGACUUCCAUGGCUCAAGGGCACACCCUUGGUUUCGACCAUCACCUCUGUUUGUGCCUCAGCUUUUCUGUUAUUUGGAUAUGAUCAAGGUGUCAUGUCUGGUGUCGUCAUUUCAUCAUAUUGGCUAAAAGCAAUGGGUAACCCUAGUACGAUUAUGGUGAGCACUAUUACUGCUCUCUAUGACGUGGGAGCCGUUUUCGGAGCUAUACUGGCUGCAUUCACCGCGGAGUGA